AUGAGUAAAUUUUCGAAGACUGGGACCUCGAAGUCGGAAACUUCUGGUCGAACAAAUACCGGUUCUACCAUCCGUGGGAGGAUUUCUGCUCCUAUUCCCAUAAAGGAUGACGACGAGUUUCCAAUUCGGUCUCCAGGAACUAGUAUAGCAACUCCUCUUGGAUCUCUUCGUUCAGAUGGAGUCGAAAAAGUCAUGAGGGAUUCCGCCAUUUCUGGCCGAGAUAGUGCUCUGGCUCAUGGAGAUAUUGGAAUGGGUGACUACAUCGAACCACCCAGGCGGAUAGGAACCUCACCCUUACCGUCUGACCGGCCAUCUUAUAACCCCCCUUCGCGCAGGACACAGGACUAUAGUGUUCUCCGGAGCUCAUCACCUGUUGGCAGACCGUCAGAUUCGGUUCUCUUGAAGCCUGCGCGAAAAAAGUCGACUCUUAAAGGAGUGUUUGGUAAAAUAUUUGGAAAGAAACGGAAAGAAACGCCAAACAAGAGGCAAGGCGUUGAUGCUCUGCAAAGUGAACAACAUCAUCGUAGUGACCCAACUGCGCUCAGCCGAAAUCCAAUGAACACCGCGACUUCACCCAAACGUUCUACGUCCAUGCCGAUCAAUGAGUUUAACCGGGCCCUUCGAUCGCAUUCUCCUUUCAUAGGGAAUAACUUAAAGGAGCAGAAUAAUACAGAGCCGGACACGAAUCGCACAUCUACACAGACACAAAGUACAACGACAAGAACAAGGGUCACAACUGGUAGAUUGUAUACACCAGAUAAAACACCAGGCUAUGCAGAUUGGACGGGACUUUCACCGCGGCCGGCUAGCGCCCAAGCUAAAGGCAGUAAAGCUCCCUCUGACGAGGAGUGCUCUGGAUUAAUUGGAAUGGCAAUUACAAGUGGUAGCCAUCCAAACAGGCGUUCAAGGUCAGUCGGGCAAUUGCGAGAGGCUGCAGGAGUUGUGGGGGGAAUGACUAGACGUCGCAGUGACGAGAUUCGCUAUUGGAGAGCAAGCUACGAUCCAGGGCCAUUGUCUCCGUUAUCUUCGACCAAGGCGGAAGCGGAUGAACCUAUAUUAGUGAACGAUUCGGAAAGUCCACGAGCAGUAGAAUCUCGGGAUCAGCCACAGCCAUUUAAUUUUGGACAUUUGAGUGGAUUGGCUGGAAUGAAGAUCACCCAGGCUGCUGAUCUGGCAACCAGAGUUGAUCGUAUCGAGUCUAGAUUAGUUGAAAUGGAGAAGACAGUGUAUCAGAUUAAUCGACAGCUAAAUGGGAACGGGGAUCACGUUACCCUCCAGGAUCCUCCAAAAGGCGGUAAAAGGGAUCGCAGCUCCUCAGAACGCCGUCCUCCAACUGAUAACUCUGAAAUGACUUUACCAGUCUUACCUCGGCAUCGACAUUGGCACGAAUUUGGCGCUCAGAACCGGCUUCCAAACAGUAACAACAUUAACAACAGCAAUAAUCGUCCCACAUCAUCGUCUCAUAACAAUUCUUACCAUCCUGACUUUGAUGAUACAGUACCAGCUCCGUACGCUGCAACAACAGAUGACCAUGUGCGUUUAAGCAGUUCCCACACAACCUGUCGACCUCUAUCAACCUCAACUACGAUUCGCGGUCUUCCAUCCAGCUCCCCCACAACUCAAAAGGAUGCCCCUUUGACAAUGGAGCACUACAACAAUUUGACGAAUAUGUUCCUAGCGGAACAAUCUGCUCGCCAGCACCUUGAGAAUAUUGUCCUCACCCUACAGCAGCAAAUCGUCUCAUAUCCGUCAGUAGCACCCAUGUCGUAUCCCACUCCCAAUUCCGUGGGGGGCGCUGGGCUAGUUCUCGACACCGCAUCAUCGGGCAAGAGCACAUUUAAGGGCUUUGGCGGUGAUAGUGAUGAUGAAGCAUAUGCAGCAGCUUCCGAAGUUUUCCAGACCCCUAAUGAAGACUUAGCCGGUCCAAACUUUGGAGAUGAGGUUUUCGGCAGUGGGAAGGAAAACGGAAGUGGGGGUGCAAGGGCGAGUGUUGAUACUGGAAAGGGCGAUGCAAGGACGUUGAGUUUAAGUCAGAUCACGUUAGGGAAGGGUCUCCAGCAUAGUUUGAAUUUCUAG